AUGCUAACAUUGAUAACACUGACAGUGUUUUUCAGUGCUUAAACUCAGAAAUGAAAUAUAAUAAAUAUAUAUAAUAAAAUGUUUGGACUAUUGGAAUAGGCAUUAAGUCAGUGAUUUAGUCCUAUUAACGUCAUACCCUGUGACAGUAAAAGGUACACAAACGUAGUUCAUCAGGUUUUGAUGUCUUGUUAAACGUCCCUGCUGUAGUCGCCAUUUAAGAUGAUCCCACAAGAUCAUGAGCUAACGUUUCGUCUAGCAACAUUUCUAACAUGUUCAAACUUGCUGUGUGAAAUCAUUCAAGAAGAACGCCAUUAUCUCUGCUCAUUCCUUAAAUGCUCGUCACCAGGCGUUGCCCAAAUCUCUACCUGGAGUGGAGGUCAGCUAAAUGUUACGAAAAUACGGAAGUGAGUGUCUUGGAUUCACAACAAGCGACCUGGUUACAGUGGUCUUAGAAGACGAUGGGACAAUAGUGGCGGACGAGGCCUACUUCUUGUGUUUACCCACCAACACCAAGUUCAUGCUGCUGCAUGAAAAGCAAAUGUGGUCGCCCCUUCGCCGGCUGGAUGGCGGCACAGCAUGGAUGGCGAGGAAUUCAGUGAUACUUGGAAGUGACGCUGUGGAUGCAGCCAUGCUUUCUGCACCGUGGUGGGGCCUGGCCUUACAGCUCAAGCAGGACCUGGCUAGUGUCAUCCUCAUGUCUGAGGAGGACUUACAGAACUUAGUGGACGCUCCCUGCCCUGAGCUGGCUUCUGCUCUUGGCUUCAGCAAACGGAAGACGGAGAACCUUCAGGAAACAUUGCAGAGGGUUUUGGACCGUCGCGAGGAGGAGAGGCAAUCAAAGGAGUUGCUCCAACUAUUCCUCAAAGCAGUAGACAAAGAGGAGGGACCACAGACAACAAGGCGGCCCAGCGAGGAAGAAGCUGGAAGUGUGGAUGUGACUGAUGGGAUGGAGGUGGACCAAGCAUCUGAAUUCAUGCCCAGGACUCUAAUGGUCCUUAAAGGAAAAACAAGUCCAGAGACCAGACUGUCCACUGAAGCUCUUCAAAUGGUGGUUGCCAAAGGAGUGGAGGCGAUGCAGCAGGUGCUGGGCUGGGACGGAGUCAGGACGUCAUCGUUGUUACAAGCCUGUGAAGCUGAGCUAAGCCAGCGUCUGCAGCAGGCUCAAGCCGUGCAGUCCAUGAGGGGCAGCAGGGAGCCAUCUAGCGAGAAGACUGUGGAGGAAGAGAGCAAAGGAAGCAGCAACUAGGCCGGGUUGUUUCCUUGCCUGAGCACAGACUGAUAAGAACUCCCGCUGACUGCCUCAGGGCCGCUAGAAUGGAUUCACCCUACCUUUAAUGCUGGAUUUCAUAAAUGUCAACAAGGUUGAUGUUUGUAGCGUUUUUGAGUCAACAGAUGUGGAGGGCUUUGCACACGUUUUUAUCAAGCUAUCUGAUACAAAUUGCUUAUUGCAAAUUGCUCAUUUUGAUGAUGCAGCCGUGCGGUGAAAAAGUAAUAAUAAUGUUGGACUAUAUUGGUACUGCUCAGUGUGCAUUGCAUCUGGAUACCACUAUUAAUAAUGCAAUUAUUGUUAAUAUUCAGUACACUAAAUUGUUACAUGUAUAAUAGAACAAAUAAACAAUAUAAAGUCAUUUUGGAGCGAAAUGUAAAGGUCUUUUUUGACUUGGAAAGAAUAAUUCUAUAUGCAAGUGUGUGUUUGUAUAGAUAUACUGAAAAUAUUGAGACAUAUUUCAGUUCAAUAAUGAAACAAAUAGCUACACUGAAUAUGUCUGCAUCAACAGGACUGAUGAGACAGACAGAUCUGACAAAAUAAUUAUUUAAACAAAAGUAGGCAGGUGCAUAAAUUUGGGCACCCCAACAAAAAAUUAACAUCAGUAUUUAGCCACUUUGUCACUGAUUCUUGAACACUGUUGGCAACAAUCUGCUGAUACUCACUGGAAUCCAUGCGGCUUUCAACUUGAAGAUUUCCAGUACCUGUACCUACAGUGAAUGAUUUUUGAAGUGUAUUACUGCAGUAAUAUUGUAUGGGUGCAGUGCCUCCUAGUUUGCUGUACGUGGUUUUUGAAAUCAGGAUAUGUAAUUGUGAGCUUAAAGGAUAUGCAAAUUGUGACAUCAAUGUACUGCAUGCGUGUAAAGCCUGACCUUUAACUGACAUAAUGUCGCAACCGAAUGCACAGACUAAUUUAUAAAGAGUCAAGGAACAUGAUAAGAUGUUCAUAAUUUCAUGCAAUCGAGCUUCAUUGAACACGCCCAGCUGACAUUAGGAUACAGAUUUGUCUUUAUGAGUUAUGUUGAGGGAGAUCACGACAACAAAGUGUCGGCCUGAUGGCAUACACGAUUAUGAAAGUCAUGUCCUGCCAUAGCAGACAUGUGAUUCAGUGUCAGUGUGUUGGUCCAUGUGAGACAUGUAAGCCAUCUCUCCAGUAAACACACACAACAGUGGAUUCGAUUUUUCACAAGAGUGAGCCUCGUGUUCCAAGAGGUCACUAUCAGCUGUUUUUUUUUUUUAAGUAGCGUAUUUAGAUUAUCUGACAAAGGCAGCACGGUCAAUUUAUCUUAUAACCUAAGCACGACAAUCCCCCAUCUCUCUGCUGUACCCUGUAACACAUGCAUUUAUAUUUUGAAUAGAGCAGCCAACAAGAAAAUUGCCAUACUUUAUAUUUUAAAAAGAAAUGUGUCAAAAUCAACACUAUAUAAGAUGCAAUAAUACACAAGAACAUUUGACAACUGUCCGUAUUGCUUCACUACAUUCAUGUAUGUGAUGCAGGCCAGAAAGGAACUGACAACAGGCUGCCACUAGACAGCUCCUUAAUGGGUCUCACAGUGGGCGUAAUUCCUGUGGAAUUAGAUCCAACUGGGCUGCUGUGGAGGCAGCCUGCUGGCGUGGAAACGAUCAGGAUUAGCACUAUUAUUUGCUAACUGUAACGACUGCUGCAGUUACUAAUAUUUGGUAACUUUGUUAUACUGUAAGGCAGGGGUAAGGAAGCGAUGGCUCGUGAGCCAUAUGUGGCUCUUUUGAUGUCUGCGUAUGGCUCGCACACCAUUUUUUUUUUCAUUGACCUGUUAUGCUUUUUCCACGUUUCUGACGUAUACAUGUAUUUAGAAUGUUGUAUUCUCAUGUUAAACGAUGCCAAACUGCACCUUUGUGAUGUCACAGAGGAGCGGACUUCCUUAUAUGGACAUGGCUGGAAGCCAGAUAGGCUCUCUGCCCUUAAUAAAUGAAAACAGAGCGUUUAAGAGUUUUUAAGAGUAAUAAACUUGAAAAAAGUGAUUGAAAUAUCCAAAUAUUAAGUCCAUGCAAGUUAAAAUUACUGGACAGAACAGAAAAGUAACAUUCUUCCAACUUAAUUUAGGUUGUUGAUUUACAGUAAAUAUAAUGAUUGUUAUUUUUUGUCGAGGCUAGGCUAAGGUAAUUUA